AUGGAAAAAUCCACAGAUCAAAAACCCCGCGGAAGUACGCCGUGCCGUCCGGAACCCGAGAGCGAGAUUGAGCCAUCAGACCCAUCAACGGACGAGGGGAUCGAUUCGGCCACCGAUAAUGGAGCCGAUUCCACGCCUGACUUAGCGCCCGACUCUACACCUGAGAACCCGAGGGAAGCCGGCGCCUGCGAGGAGGAAUGUGUCGAUUCACAUCGCGCCCGGAACAGGAGCAACUACGAAGAUGGAGCAAGAAUAACCGCCUCUCAGCUUCCGAUCCUGGAAAGCGCCGGGAGAAGAUCAUGUGAUUUGAUGGCCAAGAUUCCCGGGUUGACCAUCGCCGACGAUCCUGCACGGGUCCGGAAGUUCGCAGCUCAGCUCUCCGGGUGCCGGGAUCCAGGUUUCCCCGGGGCCCUCCGGACGCGCCUCGGCGAGAGGAGUCUACCAAAAUUAUCGGAGGCUGCCUAUAGGGUGACCUGGAAAUCCGACGGCCACCGUUUCCUCCUGCUCAUGACGCACCCUGGAGUGACUUUCCUGCUGGGCGAGGAGGAUGAGGUUUACCGAGUGUCUGGUUUCUCCUUCCCCUAUUCGAAGGACGCCUCGAAACCUCUCUUCACGACUCUACUCGAUGGGGAGUUGGUGUUUGAUCGGGACGGAGGGAUAUGUAGACCUCGCUAUCUCAUCCACGACAUCAUUCAUUUCCGUCUUCAGAAAAUGUGGAAGAUGGACUUCAGCGUGCGAGAGUGGUGCAUCCAGAGGGAGAUCAUAGAUGUCCGGAGGCGAUAUGCGCAGGAGGGAAUCAUCGAUUUGAAGGAGGAGCCUUUUUCGAUAAGGAAGAAGGACUUCUUUCCGCUUGAGAUGACCAGCAAAAUAAUCGCCCAGAAAUUCAGGUCGCAGGUCCCACAUGGAGUCGCUGGUGUCAUAUUCAAAGCGGCCCAUGAACGCUAUUCAACCGGACCCAGCGAGGCCCUCUUGGAAUGGAUUCUUCCGCAACCAGCCAACGGAGCAGAAUCCGCCUUCCAGAAUUCGCUCCUCGAGACGAUUCAACUCGCGAGUACAAGGGAGUCAAAAAGUCGAUCUCCACCCUUUGACGAGCCGAGCCUGAAACGGCACCGUCCCUCACCAGAGGGGGAGUAG